CCAACCUACCCUGCUGCUCUUUUCUUAAAGACCCCUCCUCGCUCGUCACAGAUCAACCCCGGCCUGCCGCCCUCCUCCUCCUCCUCCUCCUCCUCCUCUUCUUCUGUUCGCUCGUUCUCCUUGCGUCUUACAUCGCUGGCUUGCUUACUCUACACUCUAUACUCAAUACACUUCUUCAGUUCGAUCUAUAUAUACAAUUCAGCACUUGCGUAUCGUCUCUACACACCUCCCGCUUAGAGAGGCGGCGGCGUCUGGUGCAAUGUUGUCCUUGCAGAAAGCGUCGCUUUUCGCCCUCCCUUCCUCCUCUACGUCUAAUGCUGCUUCAUCCUCCUCCUCGUCCUCUUCUUCCUCCGACAGCAAUAAUUUUUCUCAUGCUUUCUCGUCAGCACAUCCGACCGCUGUUCGUCGCGACUCCGCCCGCUCGGUUGUUUUUCCCGACAUCCCCGCCUUUGUCGACUGCCCUUUAGUCGACGACUCCUCACUUUCUCAUCGCACCAGUAUCAGCACUACUGACGAUCUCUCCAAUGACUCGCCAAUUUCCUGGGAUGGAGAGGGCCCUUCCGACACUUCGCCCACCGCGGCCACCGCCGAACUGGACUUUAAACUUCACGAUGGGUCACAACACCACCACCACCACCACCACCAUCAUCACCCGUUUGCUGCGACCGCAAUACCCUCCGCGAAGACCUUCCGACUCAACAUUUUCGCCACACACUAUGCCGACCCGACAAUGACCGACGUAACGCCCAAAAUCGAGGAGUUGGACGACGUGGACGACCUGCAAAGUAUUAAACCUGUGGGGGUGGAGACGACGACAGAUGCGAUAGCCAAUGCGAGCUCUAGUCAUUCGGAUUCCACGGCUGUUCCCGUGAAUGUCCCACGGAAACGUGGACGACCGCGCAAACAUCCGCUGCCUGCGCCCGGGGGCCAGGCCAAGAUCACCAAAGGGAGAUCCAAAACCGGCUGUAUCACUUGUCGUCGUCGAAAGAAAAAGUGUGAUGAGACCAAGCCAGCUUGUCUUAAUUGUCAGAAGAAUGCCGUCGUGUGCGAAGGCUAUCCUCCGAAAGAGAUCUGGAAGAGUGGCAAGCAAAAACUCGAGGAUGCGGCUCGCACCCAUUCCAUGGUCUCUCGCAGCCUCCCGUUGCUGAUCGAUGGUAUCGAGACCGAGAUCGAUCGUCGAUUUCUGGACCACUUCGUCUACGGAUUUAGUCGGGUUCUGACCUUGAUCAACGAUGACUCAAAUCCUUUUAAGGAGAUCCUUCUGCCUAUGGCCACCCAGCAUCGAGGGUUAAUGCACUCCCUCAUGUGCUUGUCAGGCUCACAUCUCUCCGCCCUUGAUCCAGAGCCAAAGCUGAAGGAGCGUAAAUAUUACCAUUUUCAUCGUGCCAUCCGCGAUCUCAAGGACAAUAUCAACGCCUCCUCCGGUGGUCCGGUGGAACCCGAGCUGUUGGUGGAGGAUCCCAUAAUUGCCUCCACUAUCGCCCUCAGCUUGAAUACAAUUUGUGAAGGCGAAACAAACGGCGAGUACCGUCCACAUAUGGACGCCGCACGGUACCUCUUGACCACACAGCAGCCCCGGAACGAGAAAUUCCGUCAGUUCAUUGUUGAGUUCUUCCAGUAUCACGAUGUGUCCAACUCAAUCACCUCCCUGGACCGCCGCCCGGCUCACUUGCAGGGUGACUUACGCCUUCCCGACUUUGUACCCCAUGCCCAAGCGGGAAUGUUCUUGGGUGUCUUUGAUGGAUUGUUCAACUACAUAUCCGAAGUAACUCGAUUACGAGAUCGCAUCCGUCAGCGGUUCGAUGAGGGUUAUGAGCCUGCAGUGGAUUAUCAGAUUUUGGGCGACGCUGUCUCAAUAGACUCGGCUAUCCGAACCUGGGAGACGUCGUAUGCCGCCAACACGCCAAAUUACUACCUAGCACAACUCUACCGGCAAUCAACCUGGGUAUAUCUCUACCGCACCAUCCGGCCAUCCCGACCGAGCGAAAAGAUUGCUCAGGUGGUAGAUGAUGGUCUGGCAUAUUUGGAUCAAAUCCCCCAGGAUGCAGGAGCAUUAUGCAUUGUGCUGAUGCCCCUGUUUCUGCUGGGUUGCUCGGCAUUCUUGCCACGCCAACGCGAGCGAAUCAAAAAGGGGUUCGAAUCCCUCAAAGCUUACUCCAACCUCCGUAACAUUGAGCCCGCCUUCAAGGUCGUGGAGCGGGUCUGGGAAGUCAUGGAUAACAACUCGGAAGAGAGCUGGGAUUGGGAGAAGAUCAUCAAAGACAUGAAGAUGGAUUUCCUGAUCACUUAAGCAAGAUUUCGUCGGACCUCCUUGCAUUCGUUAGCUGACCUGGUCGAGCACAUCAGCCGCCUGC